UCUCUAGACUGCGUCCUAAAUUUAGCACGGACUGGGACAGACGGUUUCGGCCAUCGUCGAUUAGUAUGAGAUGGGGAACACACCUGGAAAAACCCAUUCUCGAGAAAGGAAUAAAAAAUAUCUGUUAUUAAAGGGGGCAGAACGACCCAGCCCACCAGGUAAGCCAUACCUGGUGGCGGUUGACGAUGGCACGCCCGAUGUUCUAACCAUUCGAUGGGCACCUUCUACGAAUACUGGUGGGACUACCUUAACUCAAUACUUGGUGGAGCAUAGACGUAGUGGUUCCCCACACUGGGUGAAAGCUGCACCAACAAAAGUGUCCGUUUGUGAAUUGACCCUCAGCGGGUUGGAACCUGGAUGGCGGUAUCAAUUUCGUAUCUUUGCUGAAAAUUUGGUUGGAAUAUCGGAUCCUAGUGAACUAUCUGAACCUUUAACUGUAACCCAUCAGCGGUCCGCUAUUGUUGCACCCAAAUUUACCCAGGAAUUGCAAGACACAGUUGCUUUAGAAAAUAACAAAGUUGAGUUUGUUACGCACUUCAUUGGACAACCAACACCUAAAAUAUGCUGGUUUAAAGAUGGUUUCGAAAUAUUCAGCAGUCGAAGGACGAGGAUUCUAACCGAACAGGAUCGAAGUGUUCUUACUAUUCAUCAGAGCGCUCUAAGUGACGAAGGUGAAAUAAAAUGUGCAGCAACGAACAAAGCUGGUCAUGUCUCUACCAAAGCAAGACUCACAUUGGAAGCUCCACCGAGCAUACGUCUGCCACGACAAUAUGAAGAUGGUUUGUUAUUUGAAAUUGGCGAACUAUUACGGCUUAAAGUCUCAGUAGCAGGGUUGCCGCGACCAUUGAUAUUUUGGUCACACGAUGGCGAAUCAAUAAACGAACGCGAACGAUACGAAAUCGAAAAUGACGCUAAUUCGUCUACUUUGAAAAUUAACGAAGCAUUACGAAGCGAUCGAGGCGAAUAUCAAAUAAGAGCUGUUAAUAAACUAGGCACUGACGUGGCCUCGUUCUUAGUCACUGUUACAGACAAACCAUCGCCACCCGGAAGCGCUAAAGUUGUCAUGUCACUUGGACGCUCGGUAACACUAUCAUGGAACACACCACAGGAUGAUGGCGGGUGCAAAAUUGGUAACUACAUCGUCGAAUACUAUCGAUUGGGUUGGAACGUAUGGUUAAAAGCAGCGACUACCAAACAAUUGAGUACAAUAUUGGGAGAUUUAAUUGAAGGGAGCGAAUAUAAAUUUCGCGUCAAAGCAGAAAGUCCAUUUGGAGUAAGUGAGCCAAGUCCCGAAACUGAUCUAGUCUUUAUACCAGAUCCCAAGCGAGGUAUGUUAGAACCCGUUGGGGGUAGAGGAAGAAGUCAACCUAGAGAUAUCAUAGACGAUUUGGUUCCGGUAGCGGCAAAGCGGAAGAAGGACAGAUCCCAGUCAUCAUCCCGAGCGGAAAAAGAUGAAGAUUAUAAUAUCGGUUCACCACCACGUCCAAGACGUAGCAAAGUCACGAGUCCGCCGAAAACACCAGACUUUUCCCCCAAAGCAGAACGGAAAGCAACCACUUUAAACAAAGCAAUAUUUGAUAGAGAUACAAUGUACCAAGAUUUAAGUUACGGUAGUCCUGAGCUUAAAGUCACUCGAGCCGAUGCACCUGGCCCGGUAGUUGCAGAAGUCAAACCAAUGCAACAAGCAAAUAAAAAGCCCAUUGUGCCAACUAUGCAAUUAAAUACAAUUCCUGUUGAGGACAAUACAAUCAAUUCACAACGGUCUACUCCAACAAAUCUCAAAGAAAGAUCACCAAGUCCGAGUCACUAUGUUCAAAAAGGCGAUACCCACAAAUUUGUGAAAGAUAAACCUUCAAACUUAAGAAAACCUUUGUCGCGAGAUAACAGUGAAAAUUUAGGUGGAAGCACAGAAUUCAUGAUGGUUUUAUAUCCCGAAGAAGUUAAAGGAAGCGGUGAUCCAUCCAUGCAUCCAUUUGAAGAUAUGGGAUCAGUGCCUCCUCCUCUAUCGUUGUCUGCUCCUGAAUUAGGCUCUGAACCUCCACAACUUUUUGAUCCAAUUAAAUAUUCGGCUAGUUCUACCGAAUUACUGCACGAGCGUGCAAUGGUGCGUUUUUAUAAUGAAGCUUUGGCUGAAGAAGAAGCCAUUCAACGUAAAAUGGAAAAGCAGGGAGUGGAUGCGCGAAAAUCUAGUUUAAUACCGAAAAUUCAAAUAAAUAACCCUGAUGAACAAGAUAUUACAAACCUUGAACGUAAGCAUUCUUUGCGUCGACGCAUGUCCGCCGGAGGCACGAUUCCUCAGAAUAUUCUAAACACACAAAAACGACAUAGCUUGAGGAGAUCUGGAGAUUUAACGGAUUUGUUUGGCAGUGGUCUUCUUAACAAAAACUUAACUAACGAAGAACGUAAAACCAUUAUGCAAAAUCGACAAAGAUCAACGUCCGAAGAAAUGGAGGAGGAAGAAUUUGAACGUAUUCGCGCAAAAAUGUCGGAACGUAAACCAAUAGUACCUAAGAAAAAGAUUAGUGUAGUCAACGAAGAUGUGUGGGAAGAUGAAGAGUAUACAGAAAGUUUAUCAGAAGAAGAGUUGUCUGAUAAUGAAAGCAUACGGCCAGAGGUUAAAGUUCGUGAAAUUUCCCCCGAAGAAGAAGAUGAAACUUAUCAUCCUCAGAUGAGCAUGAGAGCUAAAUUUGAUGCACCGUUUGAAAUUUUAACCAAACCAGCUAAAUUGCCCGAACCUAAUUUUGUGCCAAAGCCAAUAUUGAAAAAGAAAGAUGGUGAGAUGAGUCCACCAACGUCCGGCUCAGAAAUGGAUACUCCAAGGUCUCGUUCCAAUUCAUUGAUAGAUGAAUAUUUGGACAUUCAACGUCCCAAAACGCAAGUAAAGGAAGAUCAAACUGAGGAUAAAAACACCAAUGCAAUUGCAGGAGCUGGUCUCACUGCAGCGGGUAUUGUUAUUUCCCAACCUAUUUUACACCAAAAAGAAGCGGAAGAGUCUAAAAGUGUUAUUGAUCAUUAUGGUGAAAUUGUUCGCACGAAAACACAGAAAACAUUGCGAGGUAUAGAGGAUAAUCCAGUUCGUGCCGCUUUGAAAAAGCAAGCACAAAUGCAAGCACGUCUGCACUACAGCGAUGAGGAAGAAGAAGAGAUAGUACCACCUCCACCUGUGAAAUUGUUUGAUCCACCAAUUAUUGAAGCUGACAAAAGUAAACCAAAACCGUUGGAAAACAGAGCAAAACCUUUAGAAAAGAAGAUUGAGCCGCCACCUAAAAGCGCUCCAUCUCCUGUUAAAUCCAGAGAUGAUAUUUAUCCAAAAAUACCUCAAAUUAUAUCAAAACCCAUUGAUCCACCAACACCAAAAGCGGUUGAAGUAUCACCACCGACACCAUAUAAACCUGUGGAAAGUAUACCAAAGAAAAAUGAAGAAGAACCUGUGCAACCGAGAACUCGAGGACGCGAAGAAACAAGAUUUGGUAAGCGAAGUGUUGCAACAUCCAAAUCGCCUCAUCGCAUGGGGUCUGAUAUCAGUAAGCCAUCAACUGCAUUGCCAGAAAAAGUAUCUAGAUCAACAAGCUCCAACCGAACACGAAGCACCAGUAAAACACCUUCCAGAUCGACGUCCCAGGCACGUCCUCCAUCUAGGUCAAGUUCGCAAGCACGCCCACAAUCUCGGUCUAACUCAUCGAUGCGGCCUCAAAGUCGAUCUGCAUCUAAAUCGCGACCAGACAGGAAAUCACCUUCACCAGCGCCUAUGUACUUACGGAAGCCAAAAAUGUGCGAGAUUAUGACUCAAACGUCCACGACUGUUGAGCCCGACGAUAUUGUAUUCGCAAGAAGCGAACUGCCAAGUGAUGAUAAACUGAAGGCGAUUGCGCAAGUAAAAGUUAGAAAUACAAUGGAUUACAUUACGGAUUUGGCAAUGUUUGCUGUGGUAUUUUGGGUGUUUCUCUUUAGCAAUGAAUUGCUGGCGAUUCCAUUUUUACUGGUUGCUGUGUUUAGGCAACUUCAAGACGAACUUAAAAGAUGGGUUCCGAAUUGGAUUAAAAAGCGGUGGAACAAAGGUAAAAAAGAGUAAAUAAUUAAUUUGUUCUACAUUUAAGAUACGAGUAUGUUGUUUGUAUUUCUGAAAUAAUCUAAGUCAUUCACAUAAAAUCUUUCGUAACAGAUGUAAUUGUUUCAUUUUACUCACUAUUUAUGUAGGUCUUAUAAAAUAGGACUUCAUGAAAUCAUAUCAGUACAUAGUUGACACAUACGAUCAUUUUUUUCUGAAUAAAUUAUGUUAAACCGA